CUUUUCUUAGCUGUUGACAUUUAUCGUUUUUCUAAACCAACUUCAUAAUGUUCCAGCGUACGAUUCAAGUGGUUUCGAGCCUUUCUCGUCACAGCACUCGCAAUGUAGCACGAGUAAUUUCUACAGGUCCGCGAUCGAUCGUCAGGAGCCCUGCAUUGUCCAAUGUGCGAUGGGCACGCAUGCUGCACAAUCAACCUGGCUUAUAUUACACUGCCGCUGCUACUGCAUCUGCUUCCAAGGACCCAACUAUUACUGCUGCUGCAGAACAAGAGCCAACAAUGCCAGCAGCUGUCGAAGACGCUCAACAACAGCCAAGACGAUUUUCUGACUUGCAGACGAUUCAUCCCCUCAGUCAAAAAGCCUUGAAGAGUGUUUUCAAGUAUGAUACCAUGUCAGCUGUGCAAGAUGCUGUGCUAUCUCGCCUACCUGAUACCAACGACAUGUUUGUCAAAGCCAAAACUGGUACUGGCAAAACACUUGCGUUCCUGAUUGCUGCUUUGGAAAAGGUCGUCGCUGGCAAGGACAAGUCCGACUUGCGCCACUAUGAUGGCUCGUCCAUCUUUAUCAUCUCGCCUACUCGCGAACUGGCACACCAGAUUGCUGAAGAAGCCAACAAGCUGACCAAGUUCUAUCCACUGAACGUCCACUGUUUUGUCGGUGGUGAGUCCAAGAUGAAGCAAAUCAAGGCUCUUGAACGUUCCCGCUGCGACAUUGUCGUAGGCACACCUGGCCGAUUGAACGAUAUGCUAGAAAGCCGAGCACAUUUCCGUAAAAUGGUGGCCACAACACAAGUUUUGGUUCUGGACGAAGCGGACCAGUUGGUGGACAUGGGAUUUAAGCAAGAAGUGGAACGGAUAUUGAAGCAUUUGCCCAAGCAGGACCGCCAAACCAUGUUGUUUUCUGCCACGUUGUCCGACGAGAUCCGAGGCUCGAUUGGCAAGUUUGCGCUUUCGCCUAAAUAUGAUUUGAUUGAUACUGUUGGUGAAGAAGACGUCAAUACCCAUCUGCAUGUCAAGCAAUCUGCGCUGGUCGCGCCCUACAAGGAGCAGAUCCCACUCUUGCGUAAUCUGUUGAGCAAUUAUGAGGCGGCCAAUGAGGGCAAGACCAUUGUGUUCUUGCCUACAACCAAGUCUACCAUGGUGUACGCUCAGCUCUUCCAGCACUUGCUGCCCGGGCGUCGAGUAUAUGAAUUACACUCGCGUAAGUCACAGAAUGAUCGAAGCAGAAUUGCCGCUCGAUUCAAGCAGUCAAGACCAGGUACUAUCCUGUUUACCUCGGAUGUGUCUGCUCGUGGUGUUGAUUACCCUGGUGUCUCGUUGGUCGUUCAAGUUGGUAUCCCUUCAUCGCGUGAACAAUAUAUCCAUCGUCUCGGUCGUACUGGCCGUGCUGGUAAUUCCGGUGAGGGCAUUCUUGUCGCCGCUCCGUUUGAAGAUGCUUUUAUCAAGAGCGAAAUUGGGGAUUUGCCUGUCAAGAGCUUGGUUGCACCUGAAAUUAGCGAAACCGAGCAAGAAGAAACGACCAGGAUCAUGAAGUACUUCCAGGACUCAAAACUUGAUGAAGAUUUUGUCCGAGAAAUGUACACAGCCUACCUUGGUUACUAUGUCGGCAGAAUGGUUACGUUGAGACGAUCCCGUUCGGACACCUUGGAACAUGCCGAGUCAUUCUUACGUGCUUUUGGUGUUGAAGACAUUCCUUAUCUUUCUCAAAAAUUCAUUCAGCAAGUGGGUCUUUCUGAGAAGAAACGAGAACAGCGAUCCUUCCCGUCACGACGCGGUGGUGACCGCCGUGAUAGUGGGCGGUUCGGCAGCAACAGAAGAUUCGAUGACGGAGGCGACUUUGGUGGAUACAAGCGCCGUGAUAGUGGACGAUUCAGCAGCAACAGAAGAUUCGAUGACAGCGAUGACUUUGGUGGAUAUAAGAGACGAUCAUCAAGCAGAUUUGACGACCGGGAUUCCAACGACCGUCCUAAUCGACGAAACUCCUUUGGAAAACGCGAUCAAGAUCGUCGUGAACCCGGAUCUUUCAAAAAGUUCAACAGAUUUGACUAAAUGAUGACACAAAAUAACCCCUAGAACUCUUUUCAUUUCUUUUUCUUUUGCAUAUUCAGUACAUAUAUUGCAUGCUUAUUUGUAAAAUACAACAUCCAUCCAUGAUGGAUAACGGUACUACUACCACUAUUAUUAUUACCCUCGUGGAUUCAUGUAAAAAACAACACAUAUUGACUCUCCCUUCUCUACUUUGUCCUUUUCUUUCAUUCCUGAUAAUAAAAAAUCGCUACUCAAUGUUUAUGCAUUGACAACAAAGACAUAUGUACCCGCUUAUUUCACCGCAGAAUAUGUCUUUUUGCUAACAUCGUAAAAGCAAACAAAGGCUGCUGGAUGUAUCAUACCACAGAGUGAAAACAUGUCGUUGUUUAGCACAAUGCGUAAACAAACAAACAUGACAAGAAG